AGGAUAGAAUACCUGUAUGUCUCUAGUAAUGAACUUGGAUAGUGCACCAGAACACAACAAUAUGGUUUAAAUGUUGACUGCUUUAUUAGGUCUUUGUCAGUCAAUAACCUGUUUCUCCUACAGUGUGGAUCAUGGUGGAGAGUGCUGGCUGAAAUCAGGGCUGAGGAAAUAUGUCUGUCAUCUCACCCUGGACCCAAAUACAGCACACCCAAACCUGAUACUGUCUGAGGGGAACAGGAAGGUGACACGGGUGGAAGAGAAGCAGCAUUAUGAAAACCAUCCAGACAGAUUUGAUUUUUAUCCCCAAGUUCUCUGCAGAGAAGUCUUAUCUGGAGGUCGUUAUUACUGGGAGGUGGAGAGAGAUGGUGACAGGGCUUACAUAGGUGUGGUGUUCAAAGGAAUGAAGAGGAAGGGAGGGGGGGUUGACUGUUGGAUUGGAGCCAACAGGAAGUCCUGGCGUGUAUACUGCUCUCAUAGAGGUUAUGACUUUUACCAUACUGGAUUCUGUAGCAGAUCCAUCCCUGGUCCUGUUUCUAAGAGAGUUGGUGUGUAUCUGGACUGGCCAGCUGGUACUUUGUCCUUCUACAGUGUGUCCUUCUCUGGUACACUGACACACCUUUACACAGAACACACCACAUUCACUGAACCCCUCUAUCCUGGAUUUGGGUUUGGGUUUGAGGUUAACUCCCAAUCUUCCUCAGCGACCUCAGUGACCCUGUGUCAGAUAGAUGACCAACACAUUCAGAGAAACCAUGGUGGAGAGAGUUGGAUCAAGCCUGGACCUGAGAAAUGUGAGUGUUUAACUAAUUUAAUUGUUUUAUAAUCAGAAUACGAUGAAAYCGUUCAUUAUAGUUGAGUCCCUUCUCUGCUGUUUUGGUCCCAUGACUACCACGCUGUAAGAGAGUGAAGAGAACCCUUGCACAUGGGCAGAUACUGUGUGUGACUGUGAGAGAGAGAAGUCAGGCAUCUUGCUCAUCACAUUAUCUGUGGUGCUGCUCGUA